AGUGAUUGUAUACGCAUCUUAUCGGAGUGUCGCGUGUUCACGUGAUUUCAAUUCGAACUGGCGCGACGUGAUCGAGCGAAAUAAUCAACAUUAACAACGAUCUCUUCACUCGCACGCGGAGAAAACCAUGGAUUUGCAUAGCGAGAUGAUAAAAAAAGAAGAAGAGAUUUUUAGCAACCAUCCCCUUAGCUUAGUGUGCACGUGCAAUCCCAGAUGACGCCAUGGCUGCUCGCACCCCCGUGCGGCUUGAAAUGCGGCGCGUGUCGAGGGCGCAUGCCGGGAGCCGGGACACGCGCGUGCCACGGUCACGCGUAUUACGCUCUCUCUAGGACAGUCGGCGACCAAUCAGCAACGGGUCGGCGGGGUGAGAAGAAGGGUGGAUAGAUGAGUAGGGAGGUACGGUGGUGGAGGGAGGUUGGUGGUUUCGGCUGGCGAAGUAGCGAGGGUUACCGUGCGGCGCAGCCACACCGGCCACUGCGACGGCCGCGGCGGAACGAAUGCGCACACCUUCACGUUCCUCCGUUCCGUUUCAUCCGCUCCGUUGUCGCGCGCGCGCGCGAGACGCCGUCGCGAUGUGAGGACACGCGCGAGAAGAACGCGACGAGCCUUGUCACUCGGCGAGAGAUCCGGCGCGGCGGCGAGCCACGAUUAAUUGUUAACGGGGGUGAGUCGAUAGCUCCCGCUUCCCCAACGGGGAAAGAGGAGCGAUAGUAGGGCGGAAGAGGAUAAGAGGGAGAGAGCGUACGAAGAGCUCACGUGACACGUCGGAGGGUGCGAACUGUCUGACAGUAGUACAUCGAGCGUCUGCUACUACUGCCGUAGUUGCUUGUUGUGACUGUGGCAGCGACGGCGGCGACGGCGACGGCGGUGGUGGCGGCGGCGGUUGAUGGUGGAAGUGGUUGUGGUGGUGACGACGACGACGAGGAGGACGACGGUAGGGCUACUACCGCUUGGAGUAACGUUCCCUGCGAGAGGGAAGGAAAGUGGUCCUCGAGGUUACGAGGCCAGGGGAGAAAGUGGGUGUUGCCGGAACGGCGGCGGCGACGGGAGGAUCGCCCAGGUUUUGCGGGACGUCGCCGGAAGUCCGGGGUGCUCUACGUAGGAAGGAGACAAAGGCAGAAAGGGAAGGACAAAAGUGACCGGAAGGAUGCUCGUCGGUCGUCGAUCCUCGAGUCGACGUCAGCCUCUCGCUGCUUAUCUUCUUCAUCCGUGACUUUGGAUCUCUGGCGCUGAAACCCCAUCCUCAGGAUGGCAGGAGCGAGCCGAAAGAUUCGGCAAGACCCUAAAAUUUUUGUGCUCGCAAUUCAUCGCGUUGACCGAUAUUGGUCUUCGUGCGAUUAGUGGUUGUACCAGGGGCAGCGCGGGACGGGGGUGGUUCCUUCCAUCGCGAGGAUCGAGAUGAGCGAUCUACAGGCCACCCUCGAGUUUUCUCUCGAGCUCUGCAAAUUCUACAAUGUUGACCUCUUCCAACGCGGAUAUUAUCAGAUUCGAACUGCUCUCAGAGUAUCGCCGAAGUUGCCGGUCAAGGUGGAGGUCAAUCAACCGCGAAACCAUUCCCUGGAGGCGCCGGGUACGAGUAAGCGCUUUCAGAUCCUGUACAGGAACGAGGAGGUGACACUUGGCACUUCCGUACUGUUCCGGGCGCAUGUGCUCGUGCACAGUCACAAGAUCGAGGAGGCCCUGUCGCGCACCCACUUCAAUCUAGGUGUCGAGCUAUGGUUCAGCGAGCCGACGCAGCCGGGCAACAUGGCUUGCGUGUCCUCGAGGGCGCUGCAACUGAAUUUUACACCCACGAAGGGUCUUCACUAUCAUCUGCCGGUGCUCUUCGAUUACUUUCAUCUAGCAGCGGUGUCCAUCACGAUCCACGCUUGUCUCGUGGCACUUCAUCAGCCCUACAUCAAGAAGAGCAUACUGCACGUAGUGCAGAGCUGCGCACCGCGAGGCGGAAAACCCUGGCUACAGUUUAAGCAACCUGCAGCGAACGGCGAUAACAGCGCGACAACCUUCGGAAACAUUGAGACCACUACGAGGUGCGUUGGAUCAGGGACGAGGAUACAACACGCAAGACUGGUCCAGCAAGAGGUUACGAGGCUGCUUCUGGCCGCGAGGGAAUCUUUGCUCAACGACUUGUCCGACUUGGCGCGGCUUCUCCCCUCGUGGCAACAAAGGGCGCUCGAGCUCGCGCAGAACACGCACAAGGAGAUCACGAAGUUGAUGGACACCGAGGAGGCCGAUAUAGCCCAACUUUGCGCACAAAAUAUCGUCCUGUGGCAGCAUUUUCUCGAAGCGUUCUCCGGCCGAGAAGCGGUUCAUCAGCAUUUAGCACGGGUUCAUCAUCAGUUGAGAGUAAAGCGAUUCGCGGAGGGUUUCUUCGUACUAGAGAAUCCGAGAACGUCGGCAGCGGGCUGUUACGACGCGAAUUAUCAGUCUUAUCAAGCGGUGAGUGAGGCUGCACGGAGAUCGCGUUAUCUCGCAGCCUUGCCACCGUUACCUGUCCAUUGUCCGGAACUGGACGGCGAUCUUCACUCGUUGCCUUUGAUUUUUGAGGAUCAGUACGCUGACAUGCAGCAGAGGCACAGAAAUAGUGUUCCCAGCAUGGACGACUGCAGCUGCGGGAUAGCGGCGAUCUUGGAAUCGCGCUCCAUAGGUAUCUGGUCGCCCAGGAGCGAAGGCGCAGCACAGGACAUUGGAUCGAUCCAGGCCCGUCUGAUGCUGACGCCUUCCACACUUCCGGCGAGGCAUAGUAAAUCCCUCGAUCAGCUGGGUCCCGAACUGACGGCACCCCUGCAGCCCAGAACGUCGCCGAAGACUCUUCCCAGGUCCGUGUCGACCCAGCUGUUCCCGCGGGGGCAACGUGGCGGCAGUCGCAACGUCACGCCGCCCGCGACGGUGCCCUCGAGAGGAAGGCCCAGAUCGACAGUGCCGUCCAGUAACACCCUCUUCCCGCCCUCGGGUCAGCAGGCCUGUUCCGCGCCGAAUCCAUCCCUUGGUUCCACGCCGGUAAUUCCUCUGCCUCGCGCCAAGUCCACGCAAAUGCUGGUGCCGAAUCGGCAGCAGCAACAACAAUCCGACCAUCACUCCACUUCUAUUACCUCGCUGCUGGCGGCGAUGUUUCCCGAGUUGCCGCCCGGCGGGCAUCUGCCUGGUUAUCGACCGUCGUCCAAGUCUUGCGAUCAGAAUCUCACAGUGCCAACCUGCGUGGGCGCCCUAGACCUCAGUCAGUUGCCCGAUUGCUUGGAAAGCAAAUCGGCGAAUGUAGUAGAAGAUUACCAUUCCCUCGAUACCAGAAGAAUACGACUGGAGCCGCGAAGUCAUCGCCUGGGAACACGCCAACCGUUGCCAACGACCACAAAUGACCAAAGUAGCUUUCUAUCCGCCAAGGCGAAUGUAAACGGCGAUAGCUUCUUACAGGAGCCUCAACCACUGCACACGGCGACGUUGGACAGAGUCACAUACCGAGGAAAUUCCAGAAAGUCUGGACACCAGGCAGGCGGCAAGUACAAUCAAACAAACGGUAUCGAGACACGCAGAUAUCACACACUCGGCAAGACAUCGAUGACGCAUAGAAGCCGCCCGGAGAUACCAGAGUCCAUGAAUGGUAGCGCGCUAACCGGCAGCUAUUCAUAUCUAGCGGAUCCUCUAAACAAACGUUCGAAUUUUUACACGAAGACUACGGAUUCGUUCUUCUAUCGCACAAACGGUAGUACCAGCGGGAAAGCACGCGACGAGACGGGCAAGCCGAAGAGGCCGAAGAGCACGGAACGAUUGGUCGACGACGUAGAGCGCAACGAAUGCUGCGACUUUCGACGGGAUCGGCCGGCUCGUAGGAGAGCUGAGCGAUCAGCCAAGUCGUCUCGCAACGGCGUAAAUCAAAAUUACGAGGAGAAGCAACGACGCGAAAAGAAAGGCGCGGAGACACCUCAGGAACCGAUCUACGAGGUGAUAGCCACGAAGCCGGAAUCAAAGAGAGAGUCUCGCGUCGAGAGAAGAAGAGACAAGCACAGCAGGCGACCGCAUUCCGCACCUGUUUUAGAUACAGACCAUCCGGUGGAGGAGAGCGGUCGCAAAAGUGAUAGAAAGUGCAGUCAUAGAAACAGGAAGCCGGCACCGCCACCACCGGCGUAUCAGGAUCCCGCUGUCGCUCCGUUGCCCAAAUACCGUCAUCCUUCUUCAGCGCCUGCGACAAAUGUCCUCGAGGUAGAGAACAACAAUAAAAUUAUUCUGAAGAUGGAACCUAUAAAAUCGCCCAUGGAGGCGCCGAUGACAAACGGCACGACACCGUCGGACACGUCGACGAGCGUCGGGGUGCCGCCGCCGAACACAAAGAGGCUGCGAUGCGCCAGCGUACCGGUGGCCCAGAACAAAGUGGUGGUACCACGCAGCGCGGUCUCUCUGCCCUGCAUGCCGAUACGCGAUAGCAAAGACAGCCUGAGCAACAAUCUGCCAGUCAUUCCCAAUCUUCUGAGUCCGCCGUCCACCAGGCCCAGCAGCCCCACGCCGAGCUCGAGCUCAAGCAACCUCACGUCUGAGUGCUCAGGCUGGGUCAGUAGCGGUGAUACCUCCAGCUCGGAGCAGCGUCGCAAUCAGGCCAAGCUCACGAGCGAGCAGCUGCGGCAGAAGCUGUCGAAGAUCGUGCCGCGCAAGGAUCGUCCUAACGUCACCGCGAAGGAGAGCGUGGAUGAGCAUUCGUACGAGGAGGUGCGAUUACCGCCGCCAAAGAUGUUUCAGGACGAGCCGCCACCGCCCGAGGAGUUUCGUGAUCCGCCAGCGCCGAUUGACAACCCGCUCUACCACGUGUACGAGACGGUGAAGCAGACCAGGAGCCCGAAGCAGAACAAGACGGCACCCUGCAGCCCGCAACGGAACCGGGACCGGGAGAGCGUUUACGGCGCCAGGGAUAUCUGCCUAGACUGUUAUCAAGAGGGUAAGGAGCUGCUGCAGUCCACUCAGGACGACUUCAUCAACUUCAAGAAGUGCAAGGAGGAGUUCAAACGACAGAUGAGCUUCUCGGGCAAAAUUUACAGAGAGCGCGAGGAAGCACAGUUGCGUUUGCAUAAACGUGCCCAUUCCCUCGGAUACGGUGACUUCCUGAACUCUUCGCCGUCGGUUCAAUCAUUAAGAUCGAAUGUGCCUCUUAGUGAUUAUCCGACCCUGGCCUCGACUCUGCCGUACUUCCACAUCAGUGACGAGUAUCGGCUCUUCUCGCCGGAGGGUGCGCAUCUCAUCAUAUGCGUCCACGGCCUCGACGGUAACGCUGCCGAUCUCCGUCUCGUCAAAACGUAUUUGGAAUUGGGUCUGCCUGGGUCGCAUCUGGAUUUCCUCAUGUCCGAGAGAAAUCAGGGCGACACCUUCUCCGAUUUUGAGACAAUGACCGACCGAUUGGUGGCCGAAAUUCUCUAUCACAUUGAAUCGUCGGGCCUGAAUCCGACAAAAGUGAGCUUCAUCGGGCAUUCUCUUGGGACCAUAAUCAUCCGUAGCGCUCUGACGCGGCCACAACUGCGCCCGCUUCUGUCUCGUCUGCAUACCUUCCUCAGCUUGAGCGGACCUCAUUUAGGCACUCUCUAUAACACGAGCGGUUUGGUGAACGCGGGCAUGUGGUUCAUGCAGAAAUGGAAAAAGUCCGGAUCGCUGCUGCAAUUGGCCAUGAAGGAUUCGCCGGACGUGAGACGUUCCUUUAUGUUCCGUUUGAGCCAGAAGAGUAAUCUGCAAAAAUUCAAACACGUUUUGCUAUGCGGUAGCGCUCAAGAUCGAUACGUGCCCCUGCAUUCCGCUCGAAUCGAACUCUGUAAGGCUGCCGUUCGAGAUCCGACAGAUCAAGGUGCCGCGUAUCGUGAGAUGGUGCACAACAUCCUGUACCCCGUAAUGUCGGCGCCUGGAGUUAGCCUCGUCAGGUAUGACGUACAUCACGCUUUACCGCCGACGGCGAACGCCCUGAUCGGCCGCGCCGCGCAUAUCGCCGUCCUCGAUUCUGAGCUCUUCAUCGAGAAGUUUAUGCUGGUGGCGGGGCUGAAAUACUUCAGAUAAGGAAAGGACUGUCUAGCGCACGAAGGAAAAAAAAUUAAUUAAACUGUAGUACGCUCGGACGCUCGGUACUCGCCCGUUCUUCGACGAUCCCGUAAUUAGCGUAACUUAUAGGCAACCAGUCGAGCAUUGCCUCGCUUCCUCCCUCUUCGUUUAAGCUGCUCUCUUCCGCGGAAACGAUUAGGAUCCCGAAGCGAGGCAAUCGAAUCUUUUUUACACGAAGCGCGACGCAUCGAUUUUAGUAUGAAUUGUGUUAGAUUUUCGCGUGUCAUCUCGAUAUCAGUCAUAGAUAUUGUGGAUAAACGGUCGAAUUCAGAUUCUUUCGCGAUGCGAAGAGUUCAUCGAGAGUUCGAAAAAUCGAAUGUAUCCGUAGGUCGCCGUGAAACGGACCUAUUCUUCAGUGUGGUAGUGAUGAUGAUGAUAAUAGUAAUAGUAAUUAGCAGCGUCGCUCUUUGACCAAGAGAGAAGAGGAGAUCAAGAAACACGUAGAAAAGACGCGAGCUAGCGGAAAUCAAGUAUAUGCCUGGAAAAAAUUUAAUCCUGUCACUAUCGAGUGAUCGGAUGUACUCCGAUCUCGAAGAUCAGAAUGAGAAUUGAGAUUGGCGGCCUAGUAAAAUGGAGUAAAUCACGAGAGGAAACACGGUACGAUCGUCGAGCACAUCAGCUUCAUCAACAUCGUGGCGAGGAAUGGAUCGCGGAAGAAGGACGGAAAUUAUUCACACAAUUGCACGGCGGUUGAAUUCGAAGAACCGUACUUUAAAAAAAAAAGAGAAGAAAACUGAGAGGUUCUUUUCAACCAGCGUAAGUUCUAUGAUGUAGAGCUCCACGUGUUAAGGAGAAAAUAAUAAUAAUAUAAUGAUAAAAAUAAUAAUAAAAGUAAGACAAUGCAACGACACAUUGUCUAGUCGCAUAGGAAAGUUACGAAACGUAUGUCAAUUGUUAUCCUCAGAUAAGUGUGAGUGCUGAAUGCGAUGAGUGCGGAGAACGGAUGGAUGAGAGCCGAGUACGAUGCUGAAAGAGAGAGAGAGAGAGAAAAAAAAUCUAAGGAGAAAAUGAUUAGGUGAAAUAAUAACGAUAUAAAGCGAGACAGCUGAGGAUGAAGGAACGUCAAGACGAGCGCGAGGACGAUUGUUUAUCAGCUAUUAACAUCAACAAGAGGAUUCGGGAGUCUCCUCUCGUCAACGACGAGUCUCUUGAGUGCAGUGAAACGAGAAAAUGCGCCCUGAAAUGCUGCAGACGAGUGUCCAGAGCGCGGACGUGAUGAUAAUGCGACGGGAGUGACUAACGUUUCAGGUAUAUUAAAUCCCUCCAAUACUAGAUCUCAAUUGCUCAGAACAAUCUAUCGGUGAAAAACGCGAGAGAGGAAAAAGUGAGAAGAAAAAUAUAUUAAUCGCGUAUAUUAAUCGAGCGGCGAGAAACGCGAAGCGUCGCGCUAUAGCUGUUGAGAUCGUCGUCGAGUAACACGAGCGAAUUCGGCUUUUGUCGAUCAGUUUAAAGUCUACAGAGUGUUUCAGGAUCGCUGAUCUUGAAAUUUUUAACGAUAAAUUCUUUGACCAAUUUGAAAUGAAUCUUUUCAACCGAAAUGAAAAAAGACGUCAAUAAUUUUUUAUUUACUAGUGAUUGAAUAUAAAAAUUCGGUUGGAGAAUGUUCGUGAUGAAAUUCAAUAACAACAUUCUUUUGAUUUUGUUUUUAAAAAAUAUUUUAUUCUUUUAAGAUUUUUAUUAUCUCCAGAUAUAUUUAAUAUUUUAUAUUAAAUUGCAGCGAGAGCGAUGAAAAUGGUUAUUAUUCUUGAAAAACCGGACUUUAAAUUCGCCAAAGAUUUUAUCGUUAAACUUCAAGUGACAGUUUCUGAUGCAAUCUGUGUAUCAAGCUACACGAUCGUAGCAAUUCAAACGACGCGAAAAUGACGCCUCGUAUUUUGACAGUCGCGAAAACAUUUUUUUUUUUCGUGGAGAAAUUAAAAUUCCCAAAAUCAAACUGGGAAGGGAUAUAUGUUAGAUGUUUGUAUUGUGUAUGUGAAUGUGUGCGUUUAAAACUUUUAACACAAUAUGUCGACUGCAUGUCCCUAUUUGUGAGCGAUAUGUAAGACGAUAUAAAUAAGUCCCAUUAAUCGCGAAUGUACAUAUGUAUAUCCACGAUAGAUUACAAUUGUUACAAAUUGAGGGUUGAAGUACGGGGCGUCUAUUUUAUUGCGCGUAUCAACAAUUAUGGAGUGGAAAGUCAUGAGAGAGCUAUAAGUCUUCAAAAUUAAAAGAGAUUUAAGACUUUUUGUAAACUGAUUAAAUUGACGUUAUCAUUUUCUUUAUUUUCAAAAAUAUAGUUACAAAUGUAUAUUUUGUACUCCUUUACUUUAUAACAUGUACGUAAUUUACUUUGUAACAUAUGGUUUUAGUGAGAUGAAACACAUGUACGUGACAGAUAGCUCUUCAUAAUCUUCCACUCCGCAAUUCUCGCGCUACAAAUCUCUAUGUAAACACACACUGUCCCGAGCGCAAACGUGCGCGUAGAAAAUAAUGAUUUUUACAGCGAUUCCACUGUCGUAACGCAUGCGUUAAAACGGAUCACACGGAUCAUAUGUCGGCUCUCAAGAUAUGUGAGUAAUAUCGUAUCGUAAAUCCGUAUCAUUCGUAUCCGUAUCACUCAAUAUAAUCCAUCUUUCACAUGCGUAAAAAGUAUGUAUGUACGUCUACAUAUAUAUCGUCAUAAAACGAUCACCUAUGACCACCGUUAACGUGUGUAUAUUGCGAUCGUAUAUAUAAAUAUUAUUACAAAUGCGAGCUUGAUAAUCGUGGGAUGGUGAAAAACUAUAUGAGCGAGUGCAACUUUGCAUCGGACUGAAAGCUGUUCGUAAAAUGCAUAGGAAGAUGAUCGCAAAACAAUUUGGUCUAAAUUUGUUUUAUUAUCUUUAUAUUGGUUCUCGAAUAUAAUUUUAACAAAAAUUUGAGAUUUUAUCUUGAUACUUCAAUUUUGGUCAUAAUUCUUUUCUAGUGCGAUGCAAAAAUUGUACUUGCUGAUGCAAAAUCUUAUAGUAUGUCGCCAUCGUGAGUACUAUUUUAUCGAGCCCGCCGCCAAUAAUUGUCUUCAAUAAUUCCUCCGAAUUCUAAGAGUCUAUUUGAUAGUCGUCUAUAAGAAAUCGGACUCGAAGCACAAAAUCUGCGUAUUGAAAUAUUUCUCUAUCAUUUUAUUUGUGUCGCUGAUUUUAAUAGGAUUAUCGAGAAGUAGGCUGUUUAUCUGAUAAAUAUGUUAAUUUUUUCAAUAAGACGAUUGUAGCGUUUAAUAUUUGUUAAGCAUUGUCGAAUCAGUUUCCGACACUAAUCGAUGACCUCUCUUCCCCUCCACCUUUUUUUCUCUUGGCCUGUUUUUUUUAUAUUUUAUAUGAAAAAAGCUAUCAUCCUUUAUCAUAUAAGAUUUAUUUGAUGUACGAAAUCUAAAAAUGAGAUCAAAUAACCGUGCAACAUUAAUCACAAUUCAGAGUUGGAGCAGCUUUCGUCUACAUCAAGUGGUCUCUGUCAGAAAUUUAUGACAUUCGUGUGUCAUCGAUGAAUGUCACGAAUGCGCGUGUGAAUGAAAAAUUUAUAUUACAGCUACAUAUCUGUAAUGAAAUUUUUAUUCCACAACGACACGUUUAUCAGGUAAAUAGCCAUCGCCGCUUUUCUCUCAACUGCGACUAAAUCUCGCCGUCGCGGAUCAAUCGCGAGAGCGAGUCCUGUUGUUCUCUUUGUCCGUUAUCGGUGGAGAUUGUCGCGAAUCUUGCGCAGAGAGGAUUGCAAACGACGCAGAAAGCGGAGAAAGGGGGAUGGGUUCGGAGAUACGCGAAAAGCUUUCCGAUUUAAUGCCCCUUCGCGAGAAAUAUCGAUCAAAAAGGAAUUUUCAUUGCUGUCCUAUUGUUUGCUCAACUCAAUGUAUUCGUCGUUUUGCAUUCUAAUCGACUCAACGACGCGCGUUUUCUCUCUCAAAGUCGUUAACUUUGUACUCUCGUCGUGUAAAUUUAAGUUUUUAACUUACCACUUAAGGGACAAUUUUCUAGGAGUUUAUCGGAUAAAGAUCGGAUAUCGAUCAUUUUCCGCGUUCCGUUUCUGGAUAUACGUUUUAGAGAGAUCUUCUCUUCGGAUCGGACUAUUUCGGGGACAUGAAAUCGCUGUUGCAAGUGUCGUGGAUGUGUCCUUGUGUAAUUUACGAUUUGUGUAUUCAUUCCUUUUCUCCAUCCCGUGGCGUCAUCCUGGCUGGCACACAUAUGAGUAUAUAUAUAUAUAGCGAGUUCUCUCUAAUAAAUUAUAAUUAUACAAUAGUCUCCUUUAAGACAAUUGAUAAACGAUUGACGCUAUAUCUUAAAAAAAUCGAGCGAUUUCGAUUCAUACCGGACUGGCCGAGCUCCCUUAAAAUCUUCACAAAGCCUGUCUUAGAAACAAAGAUAUAGAUAUAUAAAAAUUGAAAAGUAAAUAAAUAGAAAUAUGAAAUCGUACAAAACAGAAGAGAUUAAAAUAUGGAAAUGUCUGUUAUAUGUUUUUAAAAAUUAUUGUGCAUUUAAUUUGAUUUUAUGCCAAUAUUUUAAACUUUGUUUUUUAAUGAUACAAAUUUGAAAUAUAUAUAUGAAUGCCAUCGUACAAUUCAAAUGUUUAAAUUUUCCUGAAGUAAGUUAAACUCGCAUCUAAAAUUUCUACAUUAUCUUUUAUAUUUGUAAUAAAAGAAGAAAUUAAAGAGUCGUCAGCCGGAAUGGCAGGGGGUUUCAAAACGACUCUUGAAAGUUGAGUGCCGAGGGUCUAAGAAAGUGCCAGUCUGACAAAGACUCCCCUUUUCCACUUUGGAACGUGCAUCGAAGUAUUCAUCGGUGCUCGAGGAAGGAGAACUCGCUACCAUAUUCAGUUCGUGUCGCGAUUAUCGAGCGUAUCGUACAGCCGGGUCCGAAUAAAUAGCCACAGCACCACGUAAUCACUCAUCAAAUCACUUGCAAAAGAGAAAAAGUGUGUGUGUGUGAGAGAGAGAGAGAGAGAGAGAGAGAAAAAGAUCGUAUGCAACACAGGAUAUGUGAACGGGAUUUAAACAAAGGAUAUAUCGUCGUCGUUAAAGGAGAAACACCAAUGAAGAAGUAACAAUGUAUACAUUAUACGUAAUAUAUAAAUACGUAUAAAAAGAAUGAAUAAAUCUACAUAUAC